AUGAAGGCCAAUGGCAGCGCGCUGCUCAAUGCCUCUCAGCCCGCGCAAGGGAGCGGGGAGGGAGAACGACCGCGGCCGUCGUGGCUGGCCUCUACACUGGCCUUCAUCCUCAUCUUCACCAUCGUGGUGGACAUCCUGGGCAACCUGCUGGUCAUCCUGUCUGUAUAUCGCAACAAGAAGCUCAGGAACUCAGGGAACAUAUUUGUGGUGAGUUUAGCAGUUGCAGACCUCGUGGUGGCUAUCUACCCAUACCCCUUGGUGCUGACAUCCAUAUUUAACAAUGGAUGGAAUCUGGGAUACCUGCACUGUCAAAUCAGUGGGUUUCUAAUGGGUUUGAGUGUCAUUGGCUCAAUAUUCAACAUCACCGGCAUCGCCAUUAACCGCUACUGCUACAUCUGUCACAGCCUCAAGUAUGACAAACUAUACACCAACAAAAAUUCUCUCUGCUAUGUGUUCCUGAUAUGGAUGUUGACUCUUGUAGCCAUCAUGCCCAACCUGCAGACUGGAACUCUCCAGUACGAUCCCCGGAUCUACUCCUGUACCUUCACCCAGUCCAUCAGCUCGACGUACACGAUAGCAGUGGUGGUUUUCCACUUCAUAGUGCCUAUGAUUAUCGUCAUCUUCUGCUACUUGAGAAUAUGGAUCCUGGUUCUUCAGGUCAGACAGAGGGUGAAACCUGACAGCAAGCCCAAACUGAAGCCCCAGGACUUCAGGAACUUUGUCACCAUGUUUGUAGUUUUUGUACUCUUUGCCAUUUGCUGGGCGCCACUCAACUUCAUAGGUCUCAUUGUGGCUUCAGACCCUGUCACCAUGGUCCCCAGGAUCCCAGAGUGGCUGUUUGUGGCCAGUUACUACUUGGCAUAUUUCAACAGCUGCCUCAAUGCGAUUAUAUAUGGACUACUGAACCAAAAUUUCAGAAAGGAAUAUAAAAGAAUUAUCAUCUCCUUGUGCACAACCAAGAUGUUUUUUGUGGACAACUCAAACGAUGCAGCAAAUAAGAUUAAAUGCAAGCCCUCUCCACUCAUAACCAAUAAUAAUUUAAUAAAGGUGGACUCUGUUUAA